AAGCCACUGCAAGAGCCACAGCAUAGGAAUCGGAUCAUUUUCAUGCACAUCAGAUCAUUGUGAGCAUCUGCAUACAUUUAGUCUCUCCAAACCUUUAUUGAGGGCUGUCCUUUAAUUUGUCUCUAGUCUGCAUAUUAGUGACCAUAUAUACCUUACAGAGGAGUUCAAGUCCAUCCACUCUUCUUUUACAGCUCACAACACCCUCUAAAAAUAAUCAGACUAUACCACAUACAAGGUUGUCUCUCCCUGUAACACUAUGGUGCGCUAAAAAUGUAAUGGCCCAUUACUGCCCCUACCAUCAGCAUUCAAACCUGCUAUAAACAGCUUUAUUGUCCAGUGCGCUGCCUGUCAUGAUGGAAGCUGUUAGAGUUCUUUCCCUCCUCAUUGUUCUAAUGAAUCUGACUGACUCCUCUUUCUUUUAUGCUCUCCUGUCUGUCUAAUCGGUGCAGGUCCAUCAACAUAUCUGUGUAGUAAUCAAACAUUACUUUCCUCUUAUUACAUUAUACAGUAACAUCUACUUUUAUAAUGGCACGCACCGUAAACUAACGUGUCUUAACCUGCAAAACUGAUUCUCCCCCGACCUGGGACACAUGACUCUCGAUAUUCUGUGUGGCAUCAUUUGGUCACUGGAUGCGCCCUGGCACAUGAUAGAUGUCUGUGAUAGUCUUGCAUUAAAAACGUGUGAUUCCGUCAAUCGGAACUAAAUCGCUCCACGUCGUGUUUACUGUAAAUCAUAGGAUCGUUUAAGAAGAAAAUAAAACAAAAACAAAUACUACUGUAAUGACCGUUUCUGAAAACCAUCCAAACAAUGGAUGGGAAGUCUCCGCACGGCUUUUUUGAGACUAUUUACUUUUUAGGCCAAAUGUUUUCUAAACAGGGAUAGCCUAUUAUUUGGAUAACAAUGAAAGAAAACAGUUUUGCCUUAAGGGAGGAGGUAGUUUAGAUUGUCAUCCGAGAAACAAUGCAACUUUAUUUUCAAAGUCAUCAAUAAACAAAUCAAACGGGAUCAGUUUUUAGAAACACCUACCGGAUAAGUGCAGGAGAUCCACAAAAGAGCUUCGUUUCCAAUUAAUGGGCAAUAGACGGACCUAUGGGCCAAACCGCGAGGACCCUGUGAGGGGCUCUGCGGAUACCGCUAUGGAGUUUCCCAGACUGCUUGCCCUGCUGCUGAUACUGUUGGAGUGGACUCGGCCAGGCCUACCAUCACCGCUGAGGCCAAUCUGUGACCUGAGGGUCCUGAACCAUUUCAUCAAGGAAGCGCGAGACGCAGAAGUCGCUAUGAAGUCAUGUAGAGAAGGAUGUAGCCUGUCAGAAUCUGUCACUGUUCCCCAAACCAGAGUUGAAUUUGAUGUCUGGGAGAAGAAAAAUGCAUUGGAUCAAGCCGAGGAAGUACAGUCUGGCUUAUGGCUCUUACAGCAGGCGCUCAACUUGCUACGUACCUCAGUCACCAACACAGCACUGCACAGCCACAUAGAUAACUCCAUCAGAAACCUGCUCAGCAUCAACGCUGUGCUGCGUAGCCUCAACAUCCAGGAAUAUACCCCUCCAGCAAGUGCAGCGGGGCUCGAGGGAACGUGGAGGGUUUCCUCCGCCGCAGAUCUGCUUCAAGUCCAUGUCAACUUCCUGCGAGGCAAAGUGCGCCUCCUUCUUCUGGAUGCGCAGGCUUGUCAGCAAGAUGUCAGCUGAUCAGCUGACGUCCCUACUCCAGGCAAAGCUAGUUUGUGUUUCCGAAGGCACGAGGAGGGACUUGACACUGCUGACGUGCACGCUGGUUGUUGGAAGCGGUGUGGAAAGAAAGAUACGGCUAUCCUCAUAUAUGUGGAGGAAGCUGAAGGGAAAGGACAGUCCCAGUUUGGCUUUGGAUGGACAGGAGAUGACUGCACCUUGGAAUGUAGAUGUGAUACAUGGACGUGGUAAAGCACACACUGACCAAAAUGAGGCCUAUGGGAGGCACUGCUCCAAUAGCUGUUCUACUGGCACUCUCUUGCACUUUGUGUGUGCAUGUACUUUUGUGUGUGUGAUUUAAGACUGCAAGUUUAAACCUGUACGUAGUGUGUAUGUUUCCAGUGAGUCUGACCCCGACACUCUCAUCUGUAGAGUCAAUUUUAGAGUAAAGAGCGCCUUUAACAUUUUCUGACAACUAUGCCUCACUGAAACAUUAGUCUCUUCUUUUGGAUUUUUUCAUUGAGUAUUUUAAUAUAUUUUUUAAGAGUUGUGUAAUUACUAUUUAUACAGAUUUUCUAUGUUUAAGUUCCAGUCUUUGUUUUUUUUUUUUUUUGAGUCUGAUCUUUAGAAUUUUAGUUGGGCUCAUGUUGCCAUGUUCUCUAGUCUAACACUGAACACAUCUGCAAAACUAUUUAACAUCAUUCACAAUGGCAUGCUGCUGUCUUCCUUUUUAUAAAAAGAUUUUUUGUACCUGACUAGUUGUUAGUUUCACAUUGAAUGUUCCAUCCAAGUAAGACGGAGUACUGAAGUUGACGUAGAGGUUCAGUAAAAGCAAAUGAUAACCUGAUCUCUUGGGAAAAUGCUGUUUUGCUGUUACAGUUAACAUCCUGUGAGCCUGUAAUUGUAAAUAGUUUUCCAGAAUCUGACGUUAAGACUGUCUCUUUGCUCCAUGUUGUUCGUCAUCAAAGGGCAGGCAGGCAAUCAGUUAGUCCUGGGAACCUGAUGCUUUCUAUAAAAUAGAUGCUUAACUUUUUCAGACUAGUUAAGUGUUCUUCCUUGUUUUUUUCCUUAUUUUUAAAUCUUGUUGUGCAAGUGCGAGAUGUUUUUAAGGAAGUUUGUACAUGUUUUCUUUCCUGUUGUUUUCGUGUUUUGUCCUGUCACUGUAUGAUUUGCUAUUUAAAUACAAAAUAUUAUUGUUGGAUCAAGAAAGGAUAGAUGGAAACACAA